UCGUCUCAUGUGUGAGACUCAAAAAUCUGAUAUCCCAAAAUAUGGCAGAACCAGAAGGGGAAGUAUGUUUCAACCUCCCAAAAUGUCUGAUCUGACAAUUAUUCUGCUGGGAGAAAAUCUCUCAGAGACUAACAGUGUGGGAAACUUAAUCCUGGGCAGAACUGCUUUUGAAACUAAAGCAUCUCCACAUUCAGUAGACCAGCAAAGGGAGACGGUUGAAGGACAGGUGGAUGAAAGACACAUUACCAUCAUCAACUCAUCUUACUAUGAUCCAGAAGUCUGUAAUAAGUGGUCGUCACUUUCAGCUCCCGGACCUCACACGGUUUUACUGGUGGUACAGCCAUCCAGUUUUACAGAAGAGGACAGAACCAGAGUAAAAAACAUGCUGAACUCCUUCAGUGAAGAAGCGCUGAACUAUUCCAUUGUGAUCAGUACAGACAAGGCUGAUGCUGGAAAGUCUGAUGCUUUUUACAGAUUACUAGAGGACUGUAAUGGGAGGUAUCGUGAAUUUACACAGUUACACACAUCUGACAAGGAUUCAGUUAGUCAGCUGUUUAAGGCCGUUGACAGAAUGGUAAAAGUGAAUGAAGGAACUCGUCUCAUGUGUGAGACUCAAAAAUCUGGUAAGUACUGACUUUAACAUAAUUAAGGAUGGAUUCACCAGUUUAUAAAU